AUGGGGGACACAGGGGUGGGGACAGACUGUGUCACCAUCUCACCAGCCACCAUCUGUACCUACAGGCUCUUCAAGGAGCAGCAUGAGGACCUGGUGGACCAUGUCCCCAAGGAGCGGGAGGUGCUGCUGGAGCGGGAAUUCCAGCGGGUCACCAUCUCUGGGGAGGAGAAAUGUGGGGUGCCCUUCACGGACCUUCUGGAUGCGGCCAAGAGCGUGGUGAAGGCGUUGUUCCUACGGGAGAAGUACAUGGGGUUGUCUCUCCAGAGCUUCUGCAAAACCACCUCCCGGUACCUGCAGGAGCUCUCCGAGAAACCCCUGGAGACCCGGGGCUACGAGGAGGUCCCCGAGACCCCCGUGGCUGCUGAUGCUGCCGUGCACCCCCCGUUUGCGGAGCAGCACCCCUACGAGACGUGGGAUCCCCAGACCAUGCCGGCUGAUCUGGGCUUUGGGUUGAAGAUGGUGGAUGGUGUGGUGCACGUCUACACCAAGCAGGACCUCACCGACAAGAGCACGGAGCUGGACCUGCCGUACCCCGACCUGCAGGAGUUCAUUGCCGACAUGAAUUUCCUCAUGGCUUUGAUUAUCAACGGGCCCAUCAAAUCCUUCUGCUACCGCCGGCUGCAGUACCUGAGCUCCAAGUUCCAGAUGCACGUGCUCCUCAACGAGAUGAAGGAGCUGGCGGCCCAGAAGAAGGUGCCCCACCGUGACUUCUACAACAUCCGCAAGGUGGACACCCACAUCCACGCCUCAUCCUGCAUGAACCAGAAGCAUCUCCUGCGCUUCAUCAAGCGAGCCAUGAAGAAGCACCUGGAUGAAAUUGUCCACGUGGAGAAGGGCAAGGAGCAGACGCUCAAGGAGGUCUUCGAGACAAUGAACCUCACCGCCUACGACCUGAGUGUGGACACGCUGGAUGUCCACGCGGACCGCAACACCUUCCACCGCUUCGACAAGUUCAACGCCAAGUACAACCCCAUCGGCGAGUCCAUCCUGCGGGAGAUCUUCAUCAAGACGGACAACCGCGUCUCGGGGAAGUACUUCGCCCACAUCAUCAAGGAGGUGAUGUCCGACCUGGAGGAGAGCAAGUACCAGAACGCCGAGCUGCGGCUCUCCAUCUACGGCCGCUCCCGGGAUGAGUGGGACAAACUGGCCCGUUGGGCCGUCAACCACCGUGUCCACUCCAACAACGUCCGCUGGCUCGUGCAGGUGCCCCGGCUCUUUGAUGUCUACCGGACGAAGAAGCAGUUGGCCAACUUCCAGGAAAUGCUGGAGAACAUCUUCCUGCCCCUCUAUGAGGCCACCAUCCACCCUGCCCAACACCCAGAGCUGCACCUCUUCCUGGAGCACGUGGAUGGUUUUGACAGCGUGGAUGAUGAAUCCAAACCAGAACAUCACAUCUUCAACCUGGACAGCCCUUUGCCAGGCAACUGGGUAGAGGAGGACAACCCACCCUACUCCUACUACCUGUACUACAUGUACGCCAACAUGACGGUGCUCAACCACCUCCGACGGAAGCGAGGCUUCCACACCUUCGUCCUGCGCCCACACUGCGGCGAGGCCGGUCCCAUCCAUCACCUCGUCUCGGGCUUCAUGGUCUCAGAGAACAUCUCCCAUGGCUUGUUGCUCCGCAAGGCCCCCGUCCUGCAGUACCUCUACUACGCCAUGUCCCCGUGAAGCAACAACAUCCUGUUCCUCAGCUACCCCCGCAACCCCCUGCCCGAGUACCUCUCGCGGGGGCUCAUGGUCUCCCUCUCCACCGAUGACCCUCUCCAGUUCCACUUCACCAAG